UCUUCUUCGUGCUUUCCUCCAACCGUACACGGAAGUUGCAUGUUAAGUAACAACAAUGAUGAGCAUUCUGACUUUAAGGCACGGGUUUAAGUCAUUAGAGGUUAGAAACUAAGCGACUUUAUCGCAACUUGUCGCACACAAGAUGGUCAACAUUGGGCUUACGAAGGUUGACGAUGCCAUCGCAGCAAAACAUCCGGGUUUACAGCAGUAUGCUGCCUGCCAGUCACACGCCUUCAUGAAAGGGAUCGGGACCUUCAUGUUAGGCACCGCGGGGCUGUUCCUGCUGCAGGGACUGGUUCAGAAGAAGCUUCCUUAUCCCCUGCAGUGGAACCUGCUUGUCUCUAUAGGUGCCUCGUCUGUAGGGAGUUACUCUGUGACGCGCUGGGAGACGAAGCGAUGCACCGACCACUGGAUCCUGACUGAGAGGGGCACGCUACCGGACACAACACCACAGACUGUAGCGGCCAGGCCAGAGGCCAGUGAGGCCGGGGAGGCUGCGGGGCCCAGGAAGACUCGGUACGGGGACACGAUGGAGUGAUGACCACGCACCACGACCGCAGCACUCAACAUGAACAAACACUUUUAUUUAUUCUGACUUUGUUGUGGUUUCAGGAUGCUCUCCUGACACACACAGACACACACACACAGACAGACACACACAGACACACACAGACAGACACA